CAGUCAGAGCGGUCCGGGUGAGUAAGUGGGGCAAAGGUCCAGCAGAGCGGACUGACAGCAGCACACACACACAUAUCUCCCAAAGGAAAAGCCGGACAGCUGAAAGUCAAAAUGUCCAAACAGCCGCAGCCGAUCAGCCCGCUGAAGAACUUCUUCGCGGGAGGCUUCGGAGGUGUUUGCCUCGUCUUCGCCGGACACCCGCUGGACACCAUCAAAGUGCGUUUACAGACUCAACCCAAAGCCAAACCUGGCGAGAUCCUCCUGUACAAUGGGACCAUGGAUUGUUUUAAAAAGACUUUAGCCAAAGAGGGAGUGAAAGGACUCUACAAAGGCAUGGCAGCCCCAAUCAUCGGCGUUACACCCAUGUUUGCCGUCUGCUUCUUUGGAUUCGGGCUGGGCAAGAAGCUACAACAGAGAACCCCCGAUGAAAUCCUCACGUAUCCACAGCUGUUUGCUGCAGGGAUGUUGUCCGGUGUCUUCACCACGGCCAUCAUGGCUCCUGGAGAGCGCAUCAAAUGUCUCCUACAGAUUCAGGCAUCGACAGGAGAGGUGAAGUAUGCAGGACCCAUGGACUGUGUCAAACAGCUGUACAAGCAGUCUGGAAUCAGAGGCAUCUACAAAGGCACCGCCCUCACCCUCAUGAGAGACGUUCCAGCGAGCGGGAUGUACUUCACGUCUUACGAGUGGUUAAAGAACCUCCUCACGCCGGCAGGAAAAAGCCACAACGACCUCAGUAUUCCCAGCGUGCUGUUCGCUGGAGGAAUGGCUGGAAUCUUCAACUGGGCCGUCGCCAUCCCGCCCGACGUACUCAAGUCUCGCUUCCAAACAGCUCCUGAAGGAAAGUAUCCCAACGGCUUCCGGGACGUUCUGCGGGAGCUGGUCAGGGAGGAGGGAGUGACCUCGCUGUACAAAGGCUUCAACGCUGUCAUGCUCAGAGCGUUCCCUGCAAACGCAGCUUGUUUCUUAGGAUUCGAGCUGGCGAUGAAGUUCCUGAACUGGCUAGCGCCGGACCUGUGAUGGAGGCUCAACGUCGCCUCGCUGUCAAUCCCAGGAACACACACACACACACACACACACACACACAUAAACACACAGAGCAUCUAAAGACAUAAAGAGAUUUUAAGAAUUGUCCUAAACUUGAUUAUCAUUGAAGUGUUGUGGUACUGUAGAACACGUGGAUCAUCGAGACCUGCUGAGAGUUCGGUGCAGAGAUGUUGUGGCGACUCUGUGACGGUGCCAGAAAACACACAAACUCACACACACAGUCGAAUGUUCUCACUCCUUUUAUUUUUAGAUUUUUUUUUAUUCUGUUGGUUUGUUUUUUUUUUAAAUAAGAAAAGGAGUGAAGUGAACAUGUUGUGCCUUACCUUUUGUUAUCUGCGAGCCGGAGCACAUAUCAGGGAAAAGGUGCAUUUUGUUGAACUGUGUGUGUUCGCUCUCUCAGCAAUAGACGCCUUCAAACUGUCGGCAUCAUGUCCGCUCACGGUCCGCCCAGUGGCCGGGGAUGUAAUCUUCACUUUCUGUUUGUCUAAUGUCCACUUAUGAGAGUAGUCAUGAUGGGAGUGAUUGAUAAGUCAGUGAAUGUCAGCAUGUAUAGAAAAUAAAAUCCAUCUAUAGAAAUGUCA